AUGCGCUUUCAGUCAUUAGUUGAGAAAGCCACGGAGGUGGAACUGAUGAAGAACAGGAGGUUGAACCGUAUUGGAACUGGAGGGCCAAUGAGGUCAGGCUCUCAAAACUAUCAAGGUAAAGGGAAAUUUCAUAACAAGAGGCCGUAUCUGCGUUCUACUGGGAGAGGGUUUUACUCAGGAUCUUAUAGACCCAUUACUGGUACUGCUAGGGGUUCUGGAGAUCAGACUUUGAACAGGGAGGUGACCUGCUUCAAAUGUGGGAAGCCGGGGCACUAUGCUAAUGCUUGUCCGGACACGAGACCCCAGUGCUUUAAUUGUAACAAACUGGGUCAUACUGCCGGUCAGUGCAGGGCACCCAAGACGGAACCGACUGUUAACACUGCUCGAGGAAAACGCCCUGCUGCAAAAGCGAGAGUUUACACCAUGGAUGGUGAAGAGGCUGAAGGAGUUGAUGGCCUGAUUAGAGGAAAUUGCGAGAUUGAUGGUAAUCUCCUAACUGUACUUUUCAAUUCCGGUGCAAUGCAUUCGUUUAUUUCUAGGGAGUGCGUGACCAGAUUGAAACUGCCUGUUACUGCUUUGAGCUUUGAUCUUAUUUUCACUACCCCUGCUAAAACCCUACUUACUAAUGCUGCAUGCAUGUACUGUCCGGUGACAUAUAGAGAUAGAGUCUAUCAUGCUAACCUAGUUCGUUUGAGGAAUUUCAAGGAGCGGAAGAAGAAGAUUGUGAAGGAACGCUUCAGGAUCACACUAGAGGAGCUACAAGUGAGGGCAACUCACUGA